UUUAGCUGAGUGCGCGUUGGAUUGCCCGUGGUUUCCAGCAAAGGAUUUUAGGUCGGCACAAGAAAUCCUAUAUAUGUUAAAGCUAAGUCGGCAAAGCAAAAGAUCCUCAAUAUCUGUUGCUUUCUAUCCAUUGAGAAAAAUGAAUAAGAACAGAGGAAUACAGAAUUACCUUCCUUUAGAAUUACAGUACUCGGAUGCAUUGAAUUGAGCACUAAUGGAUAUCCACUCUUUAGUUCAUGGUCAAACAGAUUUCUCACUUGAAUUUUCAAGGGAAGCAUUACAGGUAAGCGCAGCUAAAAACUCAGUUUUUUCUCCAUUGAGCAUAUCUGUGGCAUUGAGUUUGGGUGCAGGAGGAGCAAAGGGCGCAACAUUGGAUCAGUUUUGCACUUGUCUCAAGUCCAAAGAUGUACAUCAAUUGCAUGAACUUUUUUCUCAUCUUAUCAAUGUAGUUUUACUGGAUGGAAGUGUCAAUGAAGGUCCCUUGUUAUCAUUUGUAAAUGGAAUAUGGAUGGAUCAGUCUAUGACCUUGAAGCCCAAUUACAGCGAUGUUGUGAAAAAUCGAUAUAAUGCUGAAAUUAGCUCACUGGAUUUUAUCAAUAAGGCAAAUGAAGCUAGAAUGGAGGUGAAUAAAUGGGCAGCAAAUGAGAGCAAGGGGAAGAUAGAAGAGUUCCUUCCACCUAAUUCUGUAGGUGCAGAUACUAGGCUAAUUUUGGCAAAUGCCUUAUAUUUGAAGGGCGCAUGGCAGAAAAAUUUUGAUGUCUCUGCAACAAAAGAAGGUACUUUUAAUUUGUUGAAUGGGGAAAGUGUGCAAGUACCCAUGAUGACUACUACAAAGAGUCGAUCUAUACAAGUUGUUGAUGACUGCAAAAUCCUAUGCCUUCCCUAUUUUCAGGGACAGGACAACCGAUCCUUCUCCAUGUAUAUUAUAUUGCCCAAUGAUAUCAAUGGUCUGCCUGAACUGGAGAGAAAGCUUGAUCUUAAUUUUCUUGAGCACCAUCUUUCCCCAAGAAGUGAUGUGAAGGUACGUUCGUUUCAACUACCUCGCUUCAAGGUAUCUUCCAGUGUCAAUGCAACUGAGAUCUUGAAAACUAUGGGACUUGUCCUCCCGUUCAGUGAUGAUGCAAAUUUCGACGAAAUGGUUGACUGUGUGAGUGGGCGUCUCUGCAUUUCAGAUGUUUUCCACAAUUCAUUUGUGGAGGUUAAUGAGGAGGGCACUGAAGCAGCAGCUGUCACUGCACUCGUGAUGGAGUGGCGAUGCGCAAUCAUAUACCUAAUUGAGGAGGACUUCAUAGCUGACCAUCCAUUCAUGUUUGUGAUCAAGGAAGAUAGAAGUGGAGUUAUCCUCUUUGUUGGACAUGUACUCAAUCCAUUGGAAACCUAAUCUUAAUAGAAAUUGGCCAACAGAUAAAUGCUUAAAAUCAGGUUACAGAAGAUAUAGCUAAGGACAAUAAUCGAAAAUUAUAGAAUAGCCAAGAUAAUAGCUAUGUUACACUUGGACAUUAAGUUCUCGAUGCAUUUUGUGCUGCGCAUUCCAGAGAAAAUAGCAUGUUUGACACCGUUUCUUGAAGCCAAGAAUAUCAACUCUUCAGAAUU